AUGGGAAUGAGUGCUUGCCAAAAAUGCUAUAAAGGGAUAGAAUUUGAGCUAGAAUUAGAUAGAAGAGAUAUUUCAACGUCUAAAAUGAGUCAAAAUUAUGAAAAUGAUGCUAAGUAUAAAAGAGAUUCAAGUUCUGACAGUAAAAGAAGAGAAAUAAAUCAACCAAAAAAUAUUCAGAAUAAGAAAUCUUCAUAUUCAAAUUCUGGAAAUGAAGUCCACAACCGCCUGACAUAG